AUGGUAAUUGGCUGUCGUAUAGAGAAAAGGAAGAGCUUCUAUGUGGUUCCUGUGGAGAGUUUUAUGAUAGAUAUGAUAGAUAUCACGAUGCCUCCAGGUACUGAUAUGACUAAUUCAAAAGUGCUACAUGAAACUGUACAGAUGAAUUUCAACAAGACACCGGGAGGCAAAAUCUAUGAAGAAGAUUUGAAGAAUAUCUACUGUGCAUUGAUAUGUGGUUUGAAUCUUAACGAUAAUAACGAUAAUAAAGGACGAUUUAACCCAUUGGGUCGCAAAUUGUAUCUGUAUUCUUUCACUAUAGAGCAAGCCUUAAACACUAUGAAGACUCUCCGCUUGGAAGUUCGAUUACCGAGAACAACAUCCACUAUUUUUUACAAAAUAAAGCCUGAUUUGGGGUUGGCAUUGUUGAGAAAGUUUUAUGAUGCCAAGCUACUACAUUCACCCGCAGAUAGGACGAGAUCUGAACCAAAGAAGAAUGUAGCGUUACAGCCUACCCCAAAGGGAGUUGCCAUGCUACAAGAUUUCUGCUAUAAUAUUGGAAUGAAAGGAGACCAAUUGCCCCUAAUAUUAAAAUCUAGUUUUAAUUCCAUGGAGUUGAUAAAGUUUGACAGGGACGUGAUUACUGAUAAAAUUUUGUAUUCCGAUUACUUCAUUCAUUUGUUAUUCAUAAAGAUGAUGGGCGAUGAACGAGUUAUUUGGACUUCUUCUAAUGCGCCAGAUGAAUUACCAUCGUUAGAUGUCAAGACUGAUCUAGAAGAAUCAUUCGGCUUUGACAUUGGUUUUCGAGAAAUUGAGACAUUCGUUUCGUUAAGAGGAUUUGAUAUUGCGAGACAGGAAAGCUCAACAAAUUCUUCUAUUAACAACCUGGCCGACUCAAAACCAAUAGAAAAAGAAACUGUUAGUCCAUUUUAUCAUAGGUACUUUACAAACCCCGAAUCUGAUUCUCACAUCCAAUAUUACGUUUCCAAAGGUGUGAGAUUUCAUAAAGAUAUUGCAUUUAAAAGAGAUGGAGAAGAGAUCGUCCUAAGCUACUGUCUAACAGGAAAGUCCAUAUGCCAAUGGUUGUCUGAUUGUACUGAUAUUUUUAGUCCAAAUCAUGCGGUUGAGAUUGCGUCUUUAUUGUUAAAAUCCAAGCUACUUGUACCCGUGAUGAUUUCUCCUUCAAUUUCCAACUUGGAAAGAGUAGUAAACAGCAGAAACGCUUACUAUGCUUUAAGCACCAUGGGUGAAAAUUCAGUAAACUGGAAGAGGUUUGGAUUAAAUUCCAGCGAGGACGAUUUAUCUAACAAGUUUUUAGAUGAAUUUAACUGCGAAAAGCUUACACCAUUAAAUGAAGAUUCUUUUGAUGUCACAGAAGAUCCACCUGAUCACCCACCCCCAUAUUCCGACAAGGCAUCUUCUGUGGUACUGCUCAAGGAAGUAUUGAGAGACCCUGGAAUGCGUUACUUGUUCAAGCAACAUUUGAAGCAAGAGUUUUGUUCAGAAAAUCUCGAAGCUUAUUUGAAAUUGAAGCAGUAUGAACGCCAAACGGUUCUUUUGGGAAAACUAUUGAGAACCAAGAAAUACGGCUUUCACAAGGGAUCAGAAAAUAAGUUGAAUAAGCAGAUUGUAAAGUUAACAACCAUUUGCUUGUCUUCAGCAUUUCACAUAUAUUUCACUUACAUUAGUAACGAUUCACCUUUUGUUAUUAAUAUUGAUUACAGCUUAAGAGAAAGAAUAACGUCGAUUAUGAUGUUUUCCAAUGUAUCCCCUAGUUCAGCAAUUCCCUUGGAAGUAGAUACGAGUUCUCCAGAUUGUCAAAAUUAUACGUUAGAACCCCUCAAACAUAAUAGAAAAAUCAUGUUGAGACCCGAUCCCCCAUUAUUAUCAUCCCGUGGGCUCAAAUUGAAGGACGUACAGGAAGUUACAGAACCAUCGGUUUCUAUAUCUUCUGAUCUCGAAGUUAGAAGACAGGAUGCAACUUACAAUUUACAUCAAGAAGGUCCGAUGUCACCCACAGAAGUUAAGAUUACAAAUAACUUGGAUACCUUGCUUCAGAUCUCAUCAAUAUUUCAAGACAUAAUCAAACACAUAUACAGGCUAAUGGAAGUCGAUUCCUUCCCAAAAUUUCUUGAUGGCAGUUUGUAUCAAAAUGCUAAUGCAAAUAUUGAAUUGACUAAAAGAUAA